UAUCUAAAACAAAAUGGCCUCGUCUCUGGUUGAGGGUGAAUAUCUAAAACCGACUAGUAUGAGCCUUGAGAGGGCAAUGGCGCUCAUACAAGGGAAGCAAUCGAAAAAUGUGUAUCAGAGACACCAGAAAAUACUCCAUAGACUAGCCCAGAAAUACAAAAGAGGAUACAUAUUGUCUGAAUUAAGUGAAGUGUGUCAGUUAAUAUCAUUAAUUAAUGAGAAACUCAAAGAAAACAGUGAAAUUUAUGAAGAACCAAUGGAUAGACUCAUUGCACUAUUCAGUUUACCUUUUCUGAAAGAGAAAGCUUCCGAUGAGAACACUUAUUCUACUCAAGUCAUUGAGACUCUGUCUUUCCUUGGGAAAUUGAGUAGCAGUUGCUCGUCUGAACUCAUCCAACGCUCAAUAGCAAAAGCAAUUGGAACAUUCUAUGUAGGAAGGAGCAAAGAAGACCUUGAUAUGCUACCUGGUGAGAUAGUAUUAGAAUUACAAGGUACCAGCAGGUCAUAUAAUGCAGUACUAGUGGAGAGAAGUGGUGUCACUAUAUCAUUUAUUAAAAAUUUACAGGACACAACUGGUAAUGUUGAAACUCAGCUAGCAUUUAUUGAUACACUUCAGUUACUGUCUUACAACAGUGCUGUCAAUUGUAAUCAUAUUCUCUCUGUGCGUGGUGCUUCACUGAUCUGUGAAGAAUACUUAUUAUCCAAUAAUAAAAGUAUCUCAUUUCUGUCAAUUGAAAUAUUGUGGAACUUACUAGAGAAUGGAUCACAAAUAAUGGUGUCAGAGCAGAUCAGCUCAAUGAAGAGCAUUUGUACGUUACAGUCAUUAUUCAAUACUUUAGUAGAGACAGCUUUGAGUAAAGAAGAUAAAAAACUGAGGAAUGAUGUUAUUAUGAUAGUCUCAUUACUGGCAGCUAAUUCAACCAAAGCACCUUUUGUGGAGAGUCAGUUUCUAAAAGAUAUAUGUGAGACAGCUAAGUUUUCAGACAGAGAUCAAGGUUCUUCUGUUAGUUCCUCUUCCUCUAAACUGAAGACACUAACAUAUGAUGAGGAGGACUUUGAAAUGAUAAAAUCACUACUUUGCUUAUUAGUAACUCUGAGCUCUCUACCAGCAGCUUUGAAAGUAUUGUCCUCUCAGAGUGUCAUACAGUCUCUCCUCUCGUUUGCAGUUUCCAAUGACACACCCACUGAUAGUGGAUGGACCUCGGCUCAAUUUGAAGAGCUACAAUUAUUGUCUCUCUCCUGCCUGUCUUCUCUUGCUCCUAAACUAUCAGAGGAUUACAUCAGUUGCCAGGGAAACACAAGACUGUUACUAUUGAUAGAAUGGUGCAAUAAAAAGGAUGAAGAAUCUUCGUUCUGUGGCCAUGGCAAUAGUUUCCAUGGUACCGGUGGCCGUGACAAUAAGCUUGCCCAGUUGAAGUACACUCUUCGUCUCCUCUUGAGUGUGUGUGGAGGAAGAGGAGAAGAAUGGAUACUACAAGACCUACACGAACAAGGAGCUAUACCAUUGAUCAUUGCUUUGUUGAAGGAUAUGCAAUUGGCCCCUCCCACCGGUUCCCACGGCAACCCGAUCACUAUAGAGAUAGAGAGUGAUGCACUGAUGGUACUCUCUUGUCUUUGUGAGAAUAACAUUCACAGAAAAGAGUUGUUUGGUGGUUAUGAGGGCGUACCGAUAUUAGUGAAAUAUCUAAAGAGUGGUCCCUCUCUCUCAGUCAAUGGUGACUCCUAUCAGAGACUGUUCCUAUCAACCGUUGACUGUGUCUGGUGCUCUAUUGUUGGGCACAGCUCAGUGGAGGAUAUAUUCCUAGAGGAAGGAGGAGUCUUUGCACUACUUGAUCUAUUAAAUAAAGGACCAUCAAAUAUUAAAGGAUUGAUUUUGGGAGCAUUGGUUGAUUUAUGUGAGAAUCAGAAGGCUGUAGCUCAUGUCACUGCCUGGCAGUCUAAAACUGACUCCAUUAAUUGUUGGUCAUUGCUGGCUCAUAUCUGGAGGCAGGAGGAGAUGGACAUGGGUCUACCAAGAGAGGACAAAGGAACAUUAGUUGGGACUACUCUUCCCCUAAUGGGUGCUACACAGAAUGCUCAAGGCAUGCUUCCACUGCCCACCAGACACUACACUGCUGCUAUUGAGGACGUGAGGGAGAACGUGAGAGCCAAAAUAUAUGCCCUGUGCACCAGAAUAGGUUUUUCUCAUCCAUCUGAUGGCAUUAAUACUGAGGAUAAAAUAACAUUGUGUAUUGUUGAGAAUUAUCUUGAUUUUAAGGUAACACUUCAACUAUGGUAUGAAGUAGGCAGUGAAUUGGCACAAGAGGGACUCCGCCCAACCUCACCCGAUCAAGAGUGUCUCCAGGAGAUCAUUCAUUGCUCAGAGGAGAGGGCAGAGGAAGUUACCAGGCAACAGCACGAGCUCAUUGAUGAGCAGCACAGACGAGAUCUUGAUGAAGAGUAUCAGUUUUACGAGCAACUGAGGGACGCUCAGAUAUCGGGAGAAAGAUUACAAGAGAAAGAAGAGAAACUAAUAUUGAGAACCACCAAUUAUAAGUGCCUGCAAGAAGCAAAGGAGAGACAAGUCACUGCUAUUGAUGCCUCUAGACCAAGUGCCAUCUCAUUAGGUGAAAGGUUUCACACUACUAAUCAAUCAUCACUAAAUGUUACAACAUUCUGCAGUCGUAACAUCACAAUAGCGACAUCACCAAUGAAAAUACUGUCAGAAAACAAAAUAGGAACUGCAUCUCAAGUAGCACCAGCAACAACAUCUUAAUACAGAUAAACUUUAAUGAAUUUUGUGUUAAAUUAAUAAUAAUAAUUAGUUAUUAUAAUAAUUAUAAUAAUUAUCCACCAUGUAAAGUAGAUAUAAAUA